AUGAAUAACCUCGGUAAACUUCUAUGCGAGCGGCUCAUGAUAAGAGUGGGUGGUGAAAUAGUCUACGACAAUAACGGUGAAAGUCUCAUCGAAAUCUAUAAGGACCUCUGGAAGAUGGAUACGAAAAGAGCAAACAUGAUAGAAUACGGAAUUAUGAAUGAAAACACAAGAAAGCUAUUGUCGAAGGACGACAGUGCCAAUCAGACCGCAAAAACGGAAGGUGUCUACGACCUGGUGAUGGCAAAAGUAUAUAAGGAGCAAAAAAUGAAACUUGGAAAAAUUCUCAACGAUCACGGUCCCUACGCACCGUAUGACAUGAAGAGCAGAUUCGAGUACACAAUAACCCUUCCAAAAGCUGACAAGAUUAUGAUUGCACAGGCAAACGAGAAGGUGGAAGGAUAUACAUUGAAGAACAUACACCUGGAAUACGAAACCAUCGAGAACGAAGAACUAGCCGAACGGGUAAACGAGGGAUACGAGACCGGUAGAUCUCUGUCCUACGAACAUGCAACACUGUUGAAGACAACCGUAUGGGCAAAAGAUGCUACAAGGUUUAACGAGAGUAUAGACGUCCCAAGGGAGAGCAUGAGAGCUCUCGUUCUGCUUUUCAGAAAAAGAACGGUAACCGACAGCGAGGAAUACGUCUACCCAAACAUUGAAAAGGUAAAGGUUACGAUAGAGGGGAAACCGAAUGCUGUAUACAGUCAAGGUCUAAGAUAUGAAAACUUUUACGACGAGGCGAAAAGACUGUUCGGAAUACCCAACAACACCUGUAAUGACGACCUAAGCGUCAGGAAAUUCUACAGGGACAAGUUCGCACUGGUGGUUGAUCUAAGAGCUGUUGAUGACAGUCACACUGUUGGAAGUGGAAAAAAGAUUCUUGGUGACAAUCCAGGAAUUCUUCUGGAGAUUACAUCCGAUGCGAUGACCGAAGACAUCCUCUGCAACAUCUUUGUGCUAUCCGAUGGACUCAUAAACAUCAGUGAAAAGACCCUUCAAGGUAUUAAUUAUUAA